AUGGAAAAUCCUACACAUUUGAAUUUAUUUCUGAAGCAGCAGUUUGCAAAGCUCUCAGGAUCCAAUCGAGGAAAUACAAUGCCCUGCUCCCCACUCCUUAUGAUCAAAAUACUCCAUUACAUAGGAGUUCGUUUGGGGUUUUUCUCUGACAACUACAUAUGUAUCAGGGGCAGCAUCAGAUUCCAGCACAAUAAUCAUUUGGGUCCACUACAGGGAGAGAAUUUGGCAGAAAAGUUAAAUUGUAAGUUUCUGGAGAAACUGAUCGUUGUCAACAAAACUCAAGUUCUUAAUAAACCAAAUGUUUUCGUUCCUUCUAUAGCAACACACAUACUUACACACAAACCUCCCUUUCUGAAUUUGUGA